UCCAUUUCUUAUGGAUUACAGCAUAAGUUAACGGUUACGGUCAUCAUAAAUCGACCUUAACUGCUAUAAAUUUUCAAAAAUUUUUAUUAAUAUUUUAUUGUGCGUCACAUAUACACACGGAUAUUUAUUCACCUUCUAUAACAAUCAAAACCAGAAAGACAUUUUUACUUUUCAACAUUAAAUAAACUAGUAAAAGAAAAUUACAUUAUCCGUAAAGAGGAAUGAUCACACUUUGAAUUGAUGUAUAUAUAUCAUUUCUAUACAAUCAUAAUUUUUCAGACUAUCACAGCAAUUUUACUUGAAAAGAACAAUAUUCCGACAAUUUCGUCGAUUUAAAAACAGAGCCUAAGAAUUAAUAGCGUUUGGUAAUGUUCGAACUUCGAGUUGUGCGUUGACGUUUAUGGUUUUAUCAGUUAUUUACGGUGUGCAGUUGUAACGUACGAAUAUAAAUUAUAAAAUGAAUGAACCUCAAUUGUCGACACUUUAACAUACAUGAUUCAACUGACGUAGAAACGGAGACCCUUCGACUCAGCAACGAAAGAAAUUUUUAGCACGGCUUAAUAUGAUUACGUUACGAGGCAAGCUUAAGAAGGAUAGUGACGUAGCAAAUUCAAAGAACAGGGAUUUCAAUAAGCGAGUCUCUGUGCGUGAUAAAUUACUGGUUAAAGAGGUACAGGAGAUGGAACAGACGCUGCCAACUACUUGUCAAGUUUCAUUCAACGAUCCACAUCGACUUCACGAAUUUUCGCUUUUAAUUGUACCAGAUGAAGGAUAUUGGACCAAUGGUCGUUUUUACUUUCAAAUUCACAUACCUGAGGACUACAAUAUGGCGCCACCGAAAGUGAAAUGUCUAACAAAGUUAUGGCAUCCCAAUAUAAGUGAAGAAGGUGAUGUUUGUCUUUCCAUAUUAAGGCAAAGUAGUCUUGACGGAAUGGGAUGGGCACCUACGCGGAAGCUGAAAGACGUCGUCUGGGGUUUAAAUUCCCUCUUCACUGAUCUCUUAAACUUCGACGAUCCUUUGAAUAAGGAUGCAGCCGAUCAAUUUAUUAAAGAUAAAGAGUCGUUUCGAAGUAAAGUUAAAGAUUAUGUAAUGAUAUAUGCAAAGAGAUGAUCUACAUUGUAACGUUUUAAAGUACAGACAAUUAUCAUUGGUUUCAUGAGUAUUUUUUGUCUUGGGGUGAACGAGUGAAAUACUAUUUAAAUUUGCUUUAGAAUAAUAAAUUUAGUAGAUAAAAGGUUGCAAUUUUCAUAUUGCAACUUCUUAUCUAAUAACUACACAUGAUGUAUUUUAGUUUCAUAUUUUGCUAGUCUAUUCUAUUGCAGAGAGAUCAUCUUCUCGACCUAUACAUUGAAAUUGGGUUGUUGUAGCGAAAUUUCGUUAAUGUAUAUUAAUUGUAAUUUUCAUUAUAUCUAUUAUGAUUUUGAUAUAUUACAUAUAUGAAGAGGGUGAAUUGGAAAUAUAUCACAUGUACAAUAAUAUUUGUUCUCUUCAAAAUACUGUAAUGCUAACGCGACAUCUCUGUAAAUAAAGUCGAUGUUUAAUAAUA